AUGGAUGUGGCUCUCCCUCCCCUAAAAGUGUCCAAAACCAGACAGGAACUGAGGGAUUUCCACCCAAAAAGUCCUCCCUGCUGUGGCAGAGCAGGAAUUCCCUGUGCAGCCCAGCCCUGCUCAGAGGGAUCUGUGCUUUCAGGUGCAGCUCACCUGGAGCUCGCGUCCUCUCUGGCAGAAAAAAUCUCUCUGUUGGAACAAAAAAUAGAGAAACAAGCGCAAGAAAUCCAGCUGAAGGACGGGAGGAUUGCUGAACUGGAGGAGAAAAUAAAGACUCUUCAAGAAGGAGAAGAUGCUUCUGCCUCACCCACCACAGAAGAGCUGGAAAUGAGGUGCCUUCAGCUGCAGAGCCAGGUCUGGGAGAUGGAGCGGUUCCUGAGUGACUAUGGUCUGAUUUGGGUUGGAGAGACACAGGAGCAGCUGGAAGAUACAGGAUCAGUCCAGGAUGGAGAGGAGCUGCCAGCAAGGAUCCUCUGCAAGCCGGGUGAAGCCGUUGUUUGCAAACACCAGAUUGAUUUUGAUUUAAUCUUGGAGCACAUUAAGGAUCUGAACUCGCUGGUUGGAGAGGGCAUUGCUCAGAUCGAGCAGACGCCCCGGGGGGCUCGGCUGAGGCGAACAGAGCCCCUCACUCUCACCCUGUACCAAAACGGGAUCGUCGUGGGCAGCGGAGCCCUCCGGCCCUACCAGCACCCAGCCACACAGCAAUGCCUGCAGGACAUCAUGGAUGGUUAUUUCCCCUCGGAGCUGCAGCCACGCUACCCCGAUGGCGUCCCCUUGCAGGUCACUGACAGGAGGGACGUGCUGUUUCAGGAGCCAGAGCUUCCAGGGAGUUUUCCUGGUGUUGGUCAGGUGGUGGGUACUUCAGAAUCCAACAAAGUGCAGGAAAACGCCGAGAUCCCAGGUCCCAAAGCCUCCUUGGAGCAGGUUCCCAACAAGCUUUCCAAGCCCCUGAAGCACAGAGGGAGAGUGGGCAGUGCCCGAGCAGCACCACAGGGCUCUGAUGGGCAGCAGAGCAGCGAAGAAAUCCUGGUGGAAACACCUGGGCUGGCUGGCCUGGAGAGGUACAGGGUGAAGGCAGCUGAGGAGGCCGAAGCUGCUGCCCGUGAUUUCUGCACUCUGCGCAUCAGAUCCGAGAGCGGGGAGCAGAGGUACGAGGUGAAGAUGCUGCUCACAGACACCAUCGGGGACCUGCGCCAGCACCUCGCCCACAUCAGGGGUGGGAACUCGGACUAUGAGAUCAUCAGCACCUUUCCCCCGAGGGUGUACACGGACAACUCCAGGAGCCUGCAGGAAUGUGGGCUGGUCCCCAGUGCCUCCCUGCUGCUUCGGAGGAGAGAGCCCUCCCAGCAGGAGGGGAGGGGGCUGCAAACAGCCCCCUAAGAGCUCCUCACCCCCCAG